GCGGGGGCGGGCUCUGGGGAACGCAGAGCUGCAGCCGCGGAGCCGGACGUGUCCGCGAAGAUGGCGGGCCGGAGUAUGCAAGCUGCAAGAUGUCCUACGGAUGAAUUAUCUUUAACCAACUGUGCAGUUGUGAAUGAAAAGGACUUCCAGUCUGGCCAGCACGUGGUUGUGAGGACCUCCCCGAAUCACAGGUACACGUUUACACUGAGGACCCACCCGUCUGUGGUGCCCGGGAGCAUUGCCUUCAGCUUACCCCAGCGAAAAUGGGCUGGACUUUCUAUUGGCCAAGAAAUAGAAGUCUCCCUGUAUACGUUUGACAAAGCCAAGCAAUGUAUUGGCACAAUGACCAUCGAGAUCGAUUUCCUGCAGAAAAAGAACAUUGACUCCAACCCUUAUGACACGGACAAGAUGGCAGCUGAAUUCAUUCAGCAGUUCAACAACCAGGCCUUCUCCGUGGGACAACAGCUUGUGUUUAGCUUUAAUGAAAAGCUUUUUGGUUUGCUGGUGAAGGAUAUUGAAGCCAUGGAUCCUAGCAUCCUGAAGGGAGAGCCUGCAACAGGGAAAAGACAGAAGAUCGAAGUGGGACUGGUUGUUGGAAACAGCCAAGUUGCAUUUGAAAAAGCAGAAAACUCAUCACUGAAUCUUAUUGGCAAGGCUAAAACCAAGGAAAAUCGCCAAUCCAUCAUCAAUCCUGACUGGAACUUUGAAAAAAUGGGAAUCGGAGGUUUGGACAAGGAAUUUUCAGAUAUCUUUCGACGAGCAUUUGCUUCUCGAGUAUUUCCCCCCGAGAUUGUGGAGCAGAUGGGUUGUAAGCAUGUUAAAGGCAUCCUGUUAUAUGGACCCCCAGGCUGUGGUAAGACCCUCUUGGCUCGACAGAUUGGCAAGAUGUUGAAUGCAAGAGAACCCAAAGUCGUCAACGGGCCAGAAAUUCUUAACAAGUAUGUGGGAGAGUCAGAGGCAAAUAUUCGUAAACUCUUUGCCGAUGCUGAAGAGGAGCAAAGGAGGCUUGGUGCUAACAGUGGUUUGCACAUCAUCAUAUUUGAUGAAAUCGAUGCCAUUUGCAAGCAGAGAGGAAGCAUGGCUGGUAGUACAGGAGUUCACGACACCGUUGUCAACCAGUUACUGUCCAAAAUUGAUGGGGUAGAGCAGCUGAACAACAUCCUCGUCAUCGGAAUGACCAACAGACCAGAUCUGAUAGAUGAGGCUCUCCUUCGACCUGGAAGACUGGAGGUUAAGAUGGAGAUUGGCUUGCCAGACGAGAAAGGUCGGCUGCAGAUCCUGCACAUCCACACGGCGAGGAUGCGAGGGCAUCAGUUACUGUCUGCUGACGUAGACAUCAAAGAACUGGCCGUGGAGACCAAGAACUUCAGCGGUGCUGAACUGGAGGGCCUGGUGCGCGCAGCACAGUCCACUGCUAUGAACAGACAUAUAAAGGCCAGUACUAAAGUAGAAGUGGACAUGGAGAAAGCAGAGAGCCUGCAGGUGACAAGAGGAGACUUCCUUGCUUCUUUGGAGAAUGAUAUUAAACCAGCAUUUGGCACAAAUCAAGAGGAUUAUGCCAGUUACAUUAUGAAUGGAAUCAUCAAGUGGGGUGACCCAGUCACUCGUGUCCUGGAUGACGGGGAGCUGCUGGUACAACAGACUAAAAACAGUGACCGCACACCCUUGGUCAGCGUCCUCCUGGAAGGCCCUCCUCAUAGUGGGAAGACUGCGUUAGCUGCAAAGAUUGCAGAGGAAUCCAACUUCCCCUUCAUCAAGAUCUGUUCUCCCGAUAAGAUGAUUGGCUUUUCUGAGACAGCCAAGUGUCAGGCCAUGAAGAAGAUCUUUGAUGAUGCGUAUAAAUCCCAGCUCAGUUGUGUGGUUGUGGAUGACAUUGAGAGAUUGCUAGAUUAUGUCCCUAUUGGCCCUCGGUUUUCUAAUCUGGUCUUACAGGCUCUCCUUGUGUUACUGAAAAAGGCACCUCCUCAGGGCCGCAAGCUUCUCAUCAUUGGGACCACCAGCCGCAAAGACGUCCUUCAGGAAAUGGAAAUGCUGAACGCCUUCAGCACCACUAUCCACGUGCCCAACAUUGCCACGGGAGAGCAGCUGCUGGAAGCUCUGGAGCUUUUGGGCAACUUCAAGGAUAAGGAACGCACCACAAUUGCACAGCAAGUCAAAGGGAAGAAGGUCUGGAUAGGAAUCAAGAAGUUGCUGAUGUUGAUCGAGAUGUCCCUGCAAAUGGAUCCUGAAUACCGGGUGAGGAAAUUCUUGGCCCUCUUACGAGAAGAAGCAGCUAGCCCCCUGGACUUGGACUGAAGACGACCACUUGCAGGACAUAGUGACCAAGGGGAGCGACCGCGGUGAAGACGGCCGGGGGUCUUCCCCCACCUCCAGAUGCUGGACUCAGUGACCGCUUCUCCACCCUCGCCACGCGCCCGCUCUGCAUGACUAGUGCUCAGGAGCCCCUCCCUCUGCUUCCCGAGACCCUCGUGUUGGUGGAAGUGCAGAUUUGCUGUAGAAUGCUGUGUUUCCCUUGCGAGCUAAGAUGCUUCCUUCUGACCAGAAGCUAAGUGUGCGAAACAUCCCGUGCUGGUGAACACUACACGUGCUAACUCCCUCCCACGGCCACCGCCACCCCUGCACACAGACAGCAGAGGCCUAGGACGAGGGAGCCGCCCCUGCGCAGACUGGGAGCACAACUAGAAUGUGCUUCCCGGUGUUAACACUACAGGGAAUUGGUGUUUGGUUAAGUUCUCCCAGAAAGCUGCUCACUAUCUUUGCCUAAAGAAACAGGGUCUUGCAUGUCUGAGCUGCUUCCUCAGACAUGUGCAGAAGUCGGGAGAGCUUUGUUAAGAGAAAGUCAGAUUACUGCUGUUUGCCCUGACAGCCCCUCAUGGAAGUAACUCGUUCUGUGAGCAGAAGUACCCAGAUCGUCACCACUUGGUAGAUGUUACAAGCCUGAGAAAGAUCCAUAUGCAGAAAAGUGUAUACCCUGCAACAGAAGGAAGUUACUAAAAUAAAGUCAUUUACAAACCUCUCAGCACUAAUUAGUGGCCAACUCGUAAGUAGGUCAGUGCCGUAGCAUUGCAGUAAAGCCUCAUUAGGAUCAGCACUUUCAUCUUCCCCUUUAGCUUAAUGCUUACUUGGAAUCUCCCCUGCCUCGAUCUCAGUUACCGGCGUGCUGUCUGGCACCAAUAAAACGUGGCCGUCCAGCUGCCCUCGGUCCUCCCCCAGUUGUUCCACACUGACCGCGUUCCCCUCACCCUGCGCACGCUGCUUCCGGGCAGGGAGGACAGGCGGGGCCCUCCAGGGGUCUGUGUCUUCCACGUGAGUCAGGGUGACUCACAGAGCUCGCCACUCUCCCCAUCGUUGCUCAGGGUGCAGGGCCGGACUCUGACAGCCACCCCAGGGUGCUCCCGACCUCCUGCCACAGCGCUGGGGGUGGCUCUGUCGUCGCCCCACAGCAGACCGUCUCCAGACCUGGCUGCCUGUGUGCUUCUGGUGGAGACUUGUGUGUCCUGUCUACUUUGUUUCGCAUUUCCAGCCCUAGUUUAUUUUGUGGCUUUUUAAUAGUGGAUUGACUGUCUCGUAACAUCGUGUGACUCCUGGUGGCCAGUGUCCUGGGUCUCCUCAGCCUCUCCCUCCUCCCGUGAAAGCAGCACACAUUGUGUUAACUUCUGUCUCUUGUUAAAUGAGCUUAAUGUCUCUGUGUUUUGUCCAAAACUAUAUUGAAAAAUAUAAAUAUUAUAUUGUUUAAUGCAAAUGAAGGAAUGCAAUAAAGAGUAAAUA